CUUUUGUUUGUUCUGUCUCAAAAUCCGUAUAAAAGCUCGACAUAAUUGUGAUCAAAUCAGUUUGAGUUACGGUCUUUAACGGAUACUACGGUCCUAUGGCCAAAAUGAUUUCCACUUUCGCGCUCUUCGUUUUAAGCAUACUGCAUGCUCAUGCUGCUCAUCAAGGUGCAGCAGCACCAGCUGACACACCAUUGGCAUACCAAGGGUAUCCAUCCAACUUCUACCCCGGCAAUACAAAUAGAACUCCUCCGUUCUACCCUGGCGUCAAAAAUCCCAACUACCCCGUUCAUGCGAUUCCUAACAAUCCCGUCCCAAUAGUCCCCUUAACUCAACCAGUACAACCUGUUCCAGUUCAAAUACCUAUAACACAAAGUGUUCCAAUAGCAAGCCCACUGCCCUUACCUCAGCCCAUUGUACCAAAUGUUCUAAUACCAAUAAAUACAGCUCAGGCAACAACCUACACUGGGAAUGCGUCUGGAAACCCCGUUUUCAGACGCAUUUUUAGGCGAGCGCCUAGAAAUAGAUCUGUAGGUUAUAGUUACAACUACGGAUCUGCAUCUAGCUCUGGCUACGCUUCAGCAAGUAGAAACACGUUAGAAACUAGAUAUGGCUCUGGUCCAGGAUCAUACUCAGGCUCACAAUCAUGCUUAGGCCCAGGAUCAUGCACAGGCAAAGGAUCAGGCUUAGGCUUAGGAUCAUGCAAAGGCACAGGAUCAUGCUCAGGUGAAAAUUCAGGUAGAGGCCCAGGAUCAUGCUCAGAGACAGGGUCAUGCUCAGGCUCAGGAUCAGGCUCAGGCUCUCAAUCAUGCUCAGGCAUAUCAUCAUGCUCAGGCUCAGAUUCAGGCUCAGGUUCAAAUUCAUGCUCAGGCACAUCAUCAUGCUCAGGCUCAGGAUCAGGCAAGCGCCCAGGAUCAUGCUCACAGCCAGGAUCAUGCUCAGGACCAGGCUAAGGCUCAUGCUCAGGAACCAGCACAAGAGGAACUAGCCCUGGCUCUUUUAGGUAGACUAAAUUUUUGUACGAUUUCUAUCUAUAGAUCUGUAUAAUGCUUUCAAAUUCCAUUUAUCAAACCAGUCAUCCCCUGAAUCGUACCUUACCCGCAAUCAAAGGGCAAACUGUGCAUUUGCUUCAAUAACUACUUAGAGACGCCAGCAGUCAUUCGCAAUCAAUUUAGAUUUUACUGAACCGAUAUUAAUAAGUAAGCAAGCAUUUAAAAAUCAAUCUAUGUAUGGAACCAAAAAUAUUAAUAAAUGAAUAAAGCAAGA